AUGGACAAAACCAAGAAGCAAUCGGCUGUCGGUCUCCAAGAGACUCAAUCGCUAGCAUCGGCACUUCCGGAGCAAAGACCAAAAUAUGUACAGAUUCUGCAACAAGAGAAAAAUGGAUCAACUCCGCAGUCGCCGGUUUCUGUUGGUGCUGGCACUUCCAACACCAACACGGCAGCACCAAGUUCCCAACCCACUGAGUCUGCAAAGACUGCCAACAAGAAACCGAAUGGAAAUAAGAACAACAAGGGCAAGAACGCAGUUUUGCCAAACGGAAAGCGUCCAUACAAAGUCUACUUGAAGAAACAAGAAGUCGUUGCUCUUCCAGCUGACAUUGACACUCGCGAAAUGGCGAUAUCCCCUGAGAACGUGGUUUACUUCAGCGGACCAAAUCAUUUUCUCUCUGCUCUCUACGCGGCGCCAGUUGUUGUGGACGGAAACGAGUACAAUUCAGUCGAGCACUAUUAUCAAGCAUGCAAAUUGUAUGUUCUUGCCGGACAAGAGACUGCAGCUAAGCUCAAGGCUUCUGAGACACCACUCGAGGUCAAAAAAUCAACUAAAGUCAUUCUGAAGGAGGCGAAGAUCCCGGCAAAACUGAUCUCUGAGUGGAAAGACAAAGAAAGUAUCGGUGUCCUGAAGCAUGUUAUUCUACACAAGUUCAACCAAAACGAAGAGUUGAAAGCGAAACUUUUGGAGACUGGAGACAAGAUCCUUAUUCAAACAUACCUUGGUGACAGCUACUUCGCAGCCGGUGCCAACACCAAAUACGUUAGCACCUGGGUGUCUCGCCACGUCAAUCAGAGCCUCAAAUAUCCUAAAGAGGUCACUGCUGAUAAUGUGAAGUAUUUGCCAUUGGUGGCCAACGGAAAGAAUGCACUCGGGUGGAUUUUGAUGCAAGUUCGCGACGAAAUUCGUGAAUCAUCUGCAUAA